CGCAUGCAUCGGUCGCGAGGAAUCGACCCCAAGGCCAGGGUGAAAUUGCUUCAGUACAGCGCCCACGGCCCAGUGGCUUGAUGACCCCCCAAUCUACUUCUAUGAUGGAAUGCUUCACAAUUCAAAUCGAUGCUUCUCAAUCCAACACUUUAUUCUGCGUCUCAAACACCAGACCGGGGACACUUUCCACUUGACAAACCGAAUCAAUACAGAUUCCUCGGGGCUCAAGGGUGGCGUGCGGUCCGCAGAAACGUCGAGCAGGCAGCUGAAAUGCUGUUAAUCCAUCAGGCUGGUAGUGUUCGAGUGGGUGAGGUAGUUAGAUACACCAUCACAUACACACCGGCAGCUGAGAAAAUUCACCCCCUUCCAGAAAAACUGUUCGUCAAAGUGAAGAACACAUCUGCAAUUCCCCUGCGAGCGGCUUAUCUUCAUGGUCCCUACACCUUGUACGCAUCUUGCUACCCCUCUACGUUUGACCCCAACGUCAAAUCUCCCCAGCAAGAUACCGACGAAACCCCACAGUUUGAGCCGUAUCUCAAAGCAGGAGGAAACUGGGAUGCGGUCAUCAAUGUUCCGCAGAACACUCCGAUAAACAACAAAGCUGGGCUCACUUCAUCCGAGCCCGUGACAUGGGUCGUGGAGAUAAUAUCCCAGGUAAUUUUUUCAAGCACCGCGUCUGUCAAUUUUGAACUCUUGGUAGGCCGCGACAAGAAGUCCACGGAGCUCCCCCCUACAGGAGGUUUAUCAACCGACGGAUAUCGCGCAGCUCAACUACGCGACCAUUGGUCGUCUCGAUCAAAGGGCAAACAAGUGCACGCCUCCAAAGGCGUGCAUUCCGAUUCCAUUACAUUACUUGUCGAUGAUACCGCGAGUCUAUGGAAUUUCCCCUCUUUUCCAGGCUCCCCAGAAGAACAAAAAGAAGGAAAGGAGAAGAGAUCAAGCCAGGAUUCUCCAGCACCGCAUGCUGAGUCUUCAGCAAAUGUGGACAACCCUGCCAGCUCGGCCCAGUACGGCCAAUGCAAAAAAAAAAUCCACCUUGUCAUACUAACGCAUGGAUUACAUAGCAACCUUGGUGCAGAUAUGCUUUAUCUCAAAGAAAGCAUCGAUACUGCAGCCAGAAACACGAGAGACUGUGCUAAAGACCGACAUCGAAGGCAUGGAAAUAAGACUGACGAGAGCAGGACUCCACGUGAUGAGCGUUCUGGCAAUUGCGCUAAUGGAAGCUCCAAGACAGCGAGUUGCAAUGGAGCUGAUGACGACGUCGAGCAGGUUAUAGUUAGAGGCUUCCCUGGAAACGCUGUCCGCACCGAACGUGGGAUUCAAUAUCUCGGCAAGCGUCUCGCAAAAUAUGUUCUUUUAAUGACAUAUCCUGACCAACCACAUCUACCCGGCAGAUCUGCGAGCACAAAGUCCCUUUCAAAGUCUCAUUCGACCUGGAAGAAUGCAGUCGAAGAGCCUUCCAUAGAUGGCCCCAGAUCCGACAGCUCAAUGGGGCUUCCUGAUAGCAAAAGCCAUGCUUAUAAAAUAACUAGCAUCAGCUUCAUUGGACAUUCGCUCGGUGGUCUGAUUCAAACAUAUGCUAUUGCGUAUAUUCAAAAACACUAUCCCGGCUUCUUUGAUGCUAUCAAACCUGUCAACUUUGUCGCUCUCGCCACACCAUUUCUAGGUCUCAGCAAUGAAAAUCCCAUGUACGUUAGAUUUGCAUUGGAUCUGGGCCUUGUCGGUCGCACUGGUCAAGAUUUAGGGCUCAGCUGGACCGCACCGCGAGUGAGAAGUGGAUGGGAAGCCAUGAUCGGUGGCAAGGGAGACUCCACGAAGCCGCACCAACACGCAAACGCUGGCUCUAAGCCUUUGCUUAGGAUCCUACCGUGUGGUCCGGCUCAUGACAUUCUAUCCAAAUUUCAGAACCGGACGGUCUAUUCCAAUGUCGUUAAUGAUGGGAUAGUUCCAUUACGGACCUCUUGUCUGCUAUUCCUCGACUGGAAAGGACUGGACCGAGUUGAGAAGGCCAGGCGAGGAAACGGCAUUGUCGGCACAAUGGCUGAAUGGGGAUGGGCUGAGCUAACCGGUGCUAAUUCCAAAUCUCCGCAAACCACGCGUUCUAUUGCAGACUUCAGACAAAGAAACCCCCCACCCAAAGGCGAGAAAUCAGCAACGGCAGUCGACACGCACGAUGCCAUAGGCCAUGGCGUUUUAGGGACCCCUAAUGCCAGUCAAACCCCAAAUAAGUAUCCUGAAGCAAAUAUACCUGCCGUGGGAGCUAUGCCAAAGGUUGAGUCAACGCAGCUCUUUCCACAUGGCUCACUGGGCAACAUUUUCUCCAUGUUUCGGCCCAAAGGUAAAGUAACCACCACCGCCACCGGAUACAAGCAAACAAAGAUAUAUAAACGCAGUCAAACACUACCCCCCGGUGAUGUCCUUGAAGGAGUAUCAUCUUCUGGUCUGUUUCGUCGCGAGAGUCUUGCUCGCGACGGUCCUCCCGAAGAAUCAGGAUCUUAUACGCCUCCAAAAACCACGUUAUUUGAAUCUGCUAGUGAUCUCCUCAUGCCGCCUCUCCCUCCAGUCGAGUUCAUAGUUGAUCCCGAGUCGAGAGCUCGGACCAUUUUCCAUGACCGUUUAUAUCGUCCCGAGGACAUCCCACCUCCUCUUCCGACCAAGCGCCGCACUUUGACAUUCGGUUCUUCGCAAAGUAAACCAGGACCACAAUCAUCUUCAUUACAGGAUCCUCAAAUUGACACCGAUUAUGGCGAGGCUGAACCCGAGCGCGGACUCAAAGUCGAGGAGAAAAUCGCGAGAGCAUACCAUCGUAACUUAUCCUGGAGGAAAGUACUUGUGCGACUUGAGCCCGAUGCGCACAAUAACAUCAUUGUUAGACGAAUGUUCACAAAUGCAUACGGAUGGCCGGUGGUAAAGCACCUUGUUGAUACCCAUUUCGGGUGCACCUCGAUGACCGAUGAUGUUUCCAACUAUGACAUGGAGACGGCCGAUCCACCUCCGGAAGCAAUUGAUGAACACCAGUCGGGUGUCCUCAAUACUGGAAGUCCCGCUGAAGUUGGCCAUUCCAGAGAUUUACUUGAUGACACUGCUAUCAAUAUCCAGGGCCAGCCCCACGAAUUUACAGUCUAGGCCUGGAUACGAAGCACACCGGUCAGUCAGGCAGAGAACGAACACCAUAGAUCUUUAGAAACCGUUAUCUCUUUAGUCGAUCACUCAACCGCACGAGAUCCUUCUACAAGCAUGCAGGAGGACCCCGGCCUUGGAAAUACUUACAACAGCCAUGGCUCUAAUGUUUCCGAAUCGAGACCCGGGAAGGUGGUUUAAAUCUGUAAAUGAAUGGCAAUCUAAACAAGAGCAUCGUCGCAUUCUGUACGGUCAAUAGUAUACUAUAUGUUGCAAGUCAUCAGCCUUGUUCGAGUGUUGUGGCCUUACUAUUUGUCAGCGGUUUUUUUUUGGAGGGGGUUGUAGUUAGCUAUAUUUGUG